AUGCUCAAGGGUAGGGAGCGCUUCCUUGCUUGGUGUGACGACUGUGGGAUUGAGCAUGAUGCCGUCAGGAUAGAAGACACCAGCAGUCGUGGUCGCUCCCUCGUGGCGAAGCACGAUUGCGUUGUUGGCGAUCGUCUCUUGCUUGUGCCGGAUGCUGCCAUUCUCGUUGAGAAGAACGGUGUGGAUCAUCAGUUAUCACAUGGCGUGUUGGGCCUCGUUCACAAACUCAUAGAGAAGGCCGUGCACACGGCCGACUCGCACUCGAUAGGCCACGUCGGCAGGCCAGUCCGGGCGCUGGUGCCGCUCUUCCAGAUGAUGAACCACGAGGCCUCGCCAAACGCCAUCUGGCACAUGGACUCGUCUGGUGGCCUCGUGGUCGAAGCGACCCGGCACAUCACAGCUGGUGAGGAGGUGACCAUCAGAUACGGCCAGUACAACAACGCAUCGCUGCUCGUCACGUACGGCUUCAUGCUAUGCGGGCCUGGCCUGCACCACUCUGUUGAUCUCAAGGUCCCUGCCUCCGGUGUGGAAGUAGAGAUCCGAGUGCAACCUGAUGGCUCAGUGGCCCGACGAGCGGCUUUGGGGCCACUGUUCACGGCCUUCCAAAGCGCGUGUUCGAAUGGAGCCCACUGUUCGCGCACAGUAGACUUGCUGGUGGCAGAGGCGCUGCUGAAGAGCGCGAAACAGGAGUGUUCCGCUUGGCGUGCCUUCGCAGGGAUGGAGCAGGAGAGCCAGUUUGCUCAUCUCUCGACAUGCUCAGCUGACACUCUUUGCAGCCUCAUCAGCCGAGUAGAGCGGUGGCGGGAUGGGGGUGCUGAACCCGUUUGCAGGCCUGGCUCCAACCUAAGGCAAGGGAGGUUGCAGGCUGCGCUUGGGCCCGCGCUCGUCGUCAGCUCAAUUUCCGAAACCAGCUCAGAUCUUGAUGGUGUGGAGGCGUGA